ACCUCGUAUCCAGCCUCCAUCAACAUUUCAAAGUCUUGGUUAUUCGUUCUUAGCUGUUGCUAUGGAGGCGCAACUGCUACAUGGGACGUUGUUUGCAACCAUAUAUGAGGUGGAUAGAAUACCAAGUGGAAUCUGCCCUACUCGUUGUUGUGUCGGUUUCCCUCAGAUUGGGAGUGAUAAACUCUAUGCAACUAUUGAUCUGGACAAGGCCAGAGUGGGGCGAACCCAACUCACAAGAACUUCUAAGCCAUGUUUUUCUUCAGCGGCACUUCAUAAACAACAAAACAGAGCACCAAAAAAGAAGCCUUCGAAUCCCACAUGGAACCAAGAUUUCCGCAUCUAUUGCGCCCACAAAGUCUCCCAUGUCAUCUUCACCGUCAAGUACGACGACCCAGUUGACGCCACGCUCGUCGGGCGCGCCCGUCUACCGGCGGCAGAACUGACGGCGCCGGCGAGGAAAGGGGCGGCGGUGGACAGAUGGCUGCCAAUUCUCGACAGAGAUGGAAAUCCGGUCCGUGGGAAUUCCAGAAUCCAUGUCCGUUUGAAGUUCUUGAGCGUGGAGGAUGAUGAGCAGUGGUCCAAAGGGAUCUCGAAGCCCGGCUUCAAUGGCGUCCCUGAUACGUAUUUUGGUCAGAGAGAGAAUUGUCGGGUCACACUUUAUGCCGAUGCCCAUAGCCUCUCCCAUGAGAAGAUUGGAGGAAAGUUGCCGCCGGGAAGGUGUUGGGAGGACAUUUUCGAGGCUAUUUGGAACGCUAAACACUUGAUUUACAUUGCGGGCUGGUCAAUUUAUGUCAAAAUCAGGCUGGUCAGAGAUCCGGCGAGACAUAAAGCUGACGGGGACAUGAUUCUCGGCGAUUUGCUGAAGAGGAAAGCAGGAGAAGGCGUGAGGGUUCUUCUUCUGGUUUGGGAUGACAGAACCUCCGACGAGUUUUUCAAGAAGCAGGGAGUGAUGGCAACCCACGACCAGGAGACUGCCAGUUUCUUCAGAGGCUCAGGCGUGCGGUGUCUUCUCUGUCCCCGGAAUUUCAGCAGCGCCGUCGCCCAAGGGGUUCAGGCUUCUGCGAGGACGACUCUGUUCACCCACCACCAGAAGACGGUGGUCGCCGACUAUGGGCUGCUUCAGGACGACGGAGCGGAGAAGAAGGAGCAGAAGAGAGGAAUCGUGAGUUUUCUGGGCGGGAUUGAUCUCUGUGACGGCCGGUACGACACCCAGGAGCAUUCUCUGUUCAGGAAGUUAGACAAAGACGACUUCCACCAGCCAAACUUCGCCGGCGCGUCUUACCGGAAAGGAGGUCCGAGGGAGCCCUGGCACGACUUCCAUUGCAGACUGGAAGGGGAAGCUGCUUGGGACGUGCUCUACAAUUUCGAGCAGAGAUGGAAGAAGGCGGAGAAGAAUGCUUGGCAAUCAAGAACAACAGGGACUGGUUCUCAAACUGGACGUGGAUCUGGCAACAUGAAUAUUUCAAAAUUCUCAAAAUUUUACAAAGGAUUUGGGAAUCGAGCCCAGAAGGACGUUUCAGGGAUGAGAAAUAGAGCCGAUCGGAAGGAUGAGACAGCCAUAUUCUCCCUCGAGGAGCUCCGGAGGUUCACUGUUCCGCCGUCGAGCAUCCCUGCAAAUCCGAACGAUCCGGAGAGAUGGAGCGUGCAGAUCUUCCGAUCAAUAGACGGGAACGACGCGGCGGAUUUCCCGGAAGAUCCGAGAGUGGCGAGAGAGUGCGGGCUGGUGACCGGAAAAAGCAACAUAACGGAUCGGAGCAUUCAGGACGCGUACAUAAACGCCAUCCGCCGCGCGAAGAACUUCAUCUACAUUGAAAACCAGUAUUUCGUGGGGAGCUCGUACGGAUGGGGGAGAGACGGGGACAUCGCCGCCGGCGCCCUACAUCUGGUCCCGAAGGAGAUCUCGUUGAAGAUCGCGAGCAAAAUCGCGGCGAAGGAGAGGUUCACGGCGUACGUCGUGAUUCCGAUGUGGCCGGAGGGCGAGCCGGAGAGCGAAUCGGUGCAGGCGAUUCUGGAUUGGCAGAGGAGGACGAUGGAGAUGAUGUAUACGGACAUCGCCGAGGCUUUGAAGGCCCACGACGUUUCUGCAGAUCCGAGAGAGUAUUUGACGUUCUUUUGCCUCGGGAAUCGCGAAGUCAGAGAAUCCGAUGAGUAUACGCCGCCGGAAAAGCCGGAUUCCGGCACUAACUACGCCAGAGCUCAGCAGUCCAGGCGCUUCAUGAUCUAUGUCCACUCCAAAAUGAUGAUAGUCGACGACGACUACAUCAUAAUUGGAUCAGCCAACAUUAACCAGCGUUCAAUGGACGGGUCUAGGGACUCAGAGAUCGCGAUGGGCGGGUAUCAAUCAAUGCACCUAACACACGACAACCAACCCGCGAGGGGAAAGAUAUUCGACUUUAGAAUGGCCUUAUGGGGCGAGCACACAGGCCGUGUAGAGGACCUAUUUUCACACCCAGAGCACCCAAAAUGCAUCCAGAGAGUAAACGCUAUAGCCGAGGAGAACUGGAGGUUCUAUGUGAGCGAUGUCGAGCCACUUCUUGAAGACAUUCCGGGCCAUCUUCUCACAUACCCUAUACAAAUAUCAGAAGACGGGAAGGUUGGAGCGCGCCCGGGUUUUGAAAACUUCCCAGACACCAAAGCUCGUGUUCUUGGAACCAGAUCUACUUAUCUCCCACCAAUCCUCACUACUUGAUUUGUCUCUCAUUUGCAUUGAUCAAAUAAAUUAUAGUGUUGUUGAUGAUACAUGCAAUGGAAAUGUAACUACUACUAAUUAGUCAUCCUCUAAAUGCAAUAGUAAUGUAUGUUGGAGAUUUAUUUUGAAUUCAAAAUUGAAUUUUAAAUAAAUAGGCACAACUCUU